AUGGCUGUGGCGGGCAUUGCUUCGGCGCCUCGCCGCAACACCGCUGCCGCUGGGCCGAGAGGCGCUGCUCUGGGCAAGAAGGUUAGAAGAUGCGGCAGCAGCAGCCAUCCAGCUGCACUGGCGCUGCCAUUGCUGGACAAAGCUCCAGAAUCGAUUGGCAGCUUCGCCGGAAAUCUACGGCAGCUUCAAGAUGCAGCGUCCGAAGAGGCCUUGCCCUUCUCACAAGCGGCCACGCAAGCACCUGCACAGAGGCGAGCCGUUCCACACUUCCUGCACGGUUGCCGAGACCCCGGAGCCAGCCAGCUCGGCCAGCUCGGCCGGCUCGGCUUAGGUGGGUCCCUGUCCGGAAGGGGAUUCCUGUCUCAAGCGAGCCUCUUGCAAUUUGAGUGUCCUGUCAUGCAAGCUCCAGCAGUGACGGCUGCACUGGCGAUGCCAGAGGCGCUGCCCGAUGGGCACUUCCUCUUCUCAUCCGAGGCAACCACAGAAGGACAUUUCGACAAGCUCUGCGAUCGAGUGGCCGAUGCAGUAUUGGACACAUGUCUUUCACAGGAUGCUGAAAGCCGGGUGCUGUGUGAAGCAUGCGCCAAGUCUGGAAUGGUGAUGAUCCUUGGAGAGGUGGUCAGCAAAGCCAGUAUACAAUACGAGCAGGUCAUUCGAGAAGCUGUCAAAGCGGUUGGCUAUGACAGCGAUGACAAGGGCCUAGAUUGGAGGACGAUGAACGUCAUUGUGGCGGUCGAAGAUCAGGGCCCGGACAUCGCAGCCUCCUUGGGGAGCCAGCGGCCAAAGCUUACGGAUGACCAGGCCGUGGUUGUUGGGUACGCCACAGAUGAGACGGAGGAUGCUAUGCCGCUGUCUCAUGCCCUGGCAUCGCAGAUCUGCGCCCAGAUGGAUCGGCUGAGGCGAGAUGGCGUGUUGACGUGGCUGCGUCCGGAUGCUCGCGCCCAGGUUACUGUGGAGUACAAGGCAGACUCCGAUGGCGCGCUGCUUCCACAGCGGGUCCACAGCAUCUCCGUCAUCUACAGCCAUUUACCAGAGGUAAAGCCUGCAGCUGCAGAGAAGGACCUCAUGGACCAGGUCGUGAAGCCCGUUGUUCCCGAUCGCUUUCUUGAUAGCUCGGUGCGCUGCGUCUUCGCACCUCGAGCGCGCCGCGGUGCCUCGGAGGCGGGUUUCUCCGGCCGCCGGUGCGAUGCCGACGGCUACGGUGGAUGGGUGCCGGGAGGCGUACUCUCCGGCCGCGAUGGGUGGGCUUUGGGCCGCGCGGCCUACGGAGCCCGCUGGGCCGCAAGGAGCCUGGUCGCUGCCGGGCUCUGCCGGCGCUGCGAAGUGCGGCUGACCUUCGAUCCACAGAGCGAAGCUGCUGGGGUCCAGGUCCAUUCCUUCGGCACCAGCCGGAGCAGCAGCAAAACCGACACGCAGCUAGCUGAAAUCGUGACGCAAUCGUUUGACUUUCGCCCGAGCAGUCUCCAGCGGGACCUGAACCUCAAAGGUCCUCUGUUCCAACGCCUUUCAGCGUACGGACACUUCGGUCGCAAGGAGUUGGAUUUGCCAUGGGAAAAGCCCAAGGCGCUGCAGUGA